UGCGCGUUGGUCCUGUGGGACCAAGUGCGCUUCGCCGGCUGCACCCGCUGGGGGCGAGCGGACCUCGAGCCGCAGCCGCGGUGGUCUUCGCCGCAGCGGGUUUCGGAGGCCCAGAAGGUGUGGACCCGCGAUGUCGUCCACCGCCGCCUUUUGCCUCCUCUCGACCCUGGGGGGGUAUCUGGUGACCUCUUUCUUGCUGCUGAAGUACCCGACGUUGCUGCACCAGAGAAAGAAGCAGCGAUUCCUCAGUAGACACAUCUCUCACCGCGGAGGUGCUGGAGAAAACUUGGAGAAUACAAUGGCUGCCUUUCAGCAUGCAGUUACCAUUGGAACUGAUAUGCUAGAGCUUGACUGCCAUAUCACAAAAGAUGAACAAGUUGUGGUAUCACAUGAUGAAAAUCUCAAGAGGUCAACUGGGGUCAACGUGAACGUCUCUGAUCUCAAGUAUUGUGAACUCCCACCUUACCUUUGCAAACUGGAUGUCCCAUUUCAAAGAGCAUGCCAGUGUGAAGGGAAAGAUAACCGCAUUCCAUUACUGAAGGAAGUUUUUGAGGCCUUUCCUAACACUCCCAUUAACAUCGACAUCAAAGUCAACAACAGUGUGCUGAUUAAGAAGGUUUCAGAGUUGGUGAAGCUGUAUAAACGAGAACACAUUACAGUGUGGGGUAAUGCCAGUUACGAAAUUGUAGAAAAGUGCUACAAAGAGAAUGCAGAUAUUCCUCUCCUCUUCAGCCUGCAGCGGGUUCUGCUCAUACUUGGCCUUUUCUUCACUGGCCUCUUGCCCUUUGUGCCCAUUCGAGAACAGUUUUUUGAGAUUCCAAUGCCUUCUAUCGUAUUGAAGCUGAAAGAAGCACAUGUGAUGUCCAGAAGUCAGAAGCUCCUCAUCUGGCUUUCUGAUACGUUAUUAAUGAGGAAAGCCUUAUUUGACCACCUCACUGCCCGAGGCAUUCAAGUGUAUAUUUGGGUUUUAAAUGAAGAACAUGAGUACAAAAGAGCUUUUGAUUUGGGAGCAACUGGAGUGAUGACAGACUACCCAACAAAGCUUAAGGAUUUCUUAAAUAAUUUUUCAGCAUAAAAAAGGUACUCAGAAGUAUUCAAAGGAAACACGAAAAGACCUGAGAAAAAGUGUUGUACCAUUAUUUCCCUGAAAUAUUUUAAGAAUGAGAAAAGGUUUAAUUGGUUAAGCUUUAAUUACCUCAUUUUUAAGCCUGUGUGGGAAUGUAGAAACUUCUAUAUAUUAUUUAUUUUCUAACAGUGUUGCAUAUCUUACAUUUGUAAAUUGUUUAGAAAGAUAAAUGGUUAUGAGAUGUAAGUAUGUCAUUGAUCAAGAUGUCUGUAUAUGAGGCAGUGUUCUACUAUUAUAAAUCUAAAACCAAGGAGUAAUUGAGCAUUAGCCUUUGCUAAAAAAAAGAUCAACUAAUACAGUAAAAGAAAAUCAUUGAUCUGGGCAUGGUAGCCCAAGCCUGUAAUCCCAGCACCUGGGAUGCUGAAGCAAGAGGACCACAAGCUUGAGGCCAGCCUGGGCUACAUAGUGAGACCCUGUCCUAAAAGAAAAAAAAAUUUUUUUUUUAAUUAGAAAAGAAUUGAAGGCCAUUACAACUGUUUUGGGUUGUCUAGUUAUUUCUAGAUGCAUUUCAGUUAAAGGGAAAGAUACAGUGGAAGAAGAGUUUGAAACUCAAUGUGGUGUAAUAGUUAUCUGGCAAGCUGUGUGCUGUUAACAGAAGGCAAGUUCAAGUCAGUAACAAAGUUUCUUACUUACUUAGAAAUAAAAUCUGUAGGCUGAACGAGAUUUUGCGGUUGAUGUUGUUAAUGUGGACGUUGUAUUUGGAGUCUUUUUCAGGUGUGCCACAAUCCUGCCAUGUCUGUUUUAUGCAUUUAAAAAUAGACUUUUUGCCAGGUAUGGUAUCUAUAUGCCUUUGAUGCCAGCACUUGGGAGGCACAGGCAGGCAGAAUUCUGAGAGUUCAAGGCCAGCAUGCUCUACAUAGCAAGUUCCAGGCCAGCCACAGCUACACAUUGAGACAAUAAAAUAAGAUAGACUUUAAUUGUAAAUUAAGACAAGAUCCAAAAGUCAUGUUUUUAUGUUUCCUCUAAAGAAUUUUAAGAGUCUUACUUGGGGCCUUUAUUUGACUGUUUGAACCUGUACUUAGAUUUUAAAUGUCAUCUUCAGUCCUAAUAAUAAUAUCAAACUGAUGAAAGUGCAUAUCACUAUUCUUAACAUUUUGAGUAUGAACCACUGUUCCUGAUCUCUAAGAAUUGCUCCUUCUGAGUAGUAAUAGAAACAGACUUUCCCCCAAAUUACCAAAUUAGACAUCACUUCCUUAGCUUUCUGAUGUGACUUCAUAUAAAUCAGUUUCUAAUUUUUUUUUUACUAAUUUUCAUAAUCUCAGACUGGGAGAUAAAUAUAAUAUAGACUAAUAAAUGUAUUUUGCUAAAUUAUGUCUCUCAUUUGGAACUUGUCGGCGUACAGCUAUGAAGGAUAACUCUACUCUGUCAUGUGUUGCUUUGUUGUUUAAACUGAAAUAAAGUUUUCCAAGAAUAAAA